UUUUUGAAGAAACGACGCCUCUUGGGUAGGAAGUACAAUUCGGAGCUAGUUUUGUUGCAAAAGUAAGCAAAACGAAGGCAAGCCUGGGUUUUGUAUGAGAAUAUUUAUUAGAUUGUGAUGGAUGCAAAGGCUUUGGCAAAAUCCAAGAGAGCACACUCUCUGCAGCACAGUAGAAGACACCAUCCGAAUCAAAAGCCGAAAGCCCCAUCUGGUGUCGCUGCUGCAAGCGAAACUGGAGGUGCAAAGAAACCAUCUGGCAAACAAGAUAAAGAGAAACCCCUGCAGCCUCGGGGUAAAUCGGCAUUGCCUUCCAAUUGGGAUCGGUAUGAGCAGGAAACCGAUUCGGGUUCAGAAGAGCCGUCUGGUAGUGGUGCAAUUCAAAAGCAAAACCCGGAUGUUGUUUUGCCGAAGAGUAAAGGUGCAGACUACCGUCACCUAAUUGCCGAGGCGCAGUCUCAAUCUCAUGCUUAUUUGGAUUCCUUUCCUUCUGUGGAUGAUGUUCUGGCUGGGGAGUUCAGCCUAGCAGUUGGUUCAAUGCUUUCAGUCAGGGGAGAGGGCAUCCUGGCAUGGUCCGCAGAUGAUAACUUUAUUGUGAAUGAUAAAUCAACUACGCAUCCUGAGGCAGCAUUUCUAUCUUUGAAUUUGCACGCGCUUGCAGAACAACUUGAAAAAAUUGACUUGGCACAUAGACUUUUCAUUGAAGCAGAUCUCUUACCACCAGAGCUGCAUGUAGAGGUAUCCGAGACAAGCAGAACUCAGAAAUGUAACCAAAUGCCGGCAACAAAUGAUGUUGAAGCUGUGAGCAAACUACCCGAAGAAUUAACCUUCAAUGAGGUUUCAUUAUCUGCCUCUCCCAGUGGCGGUCAUCCAGACCCUUCCCUGUCCAUCCGAGGGUCUAGUUCAGUGAGUCAGGGCGUUUCCAAUGUAAACAGGGUUUCUCAAUACGAUCAUAAGAGCAAUGCGCCACAUUUUGCGGUGGCACAAUCCUCUGUUGAUACCUUUGCAGACCCAGGAAAGAAACGUCCUGAGUUUGAGGCUGUAGCUGCAGAGGCAGAACUGGACAUGCUUCUUGACUCUUUUAGCGAGAUAAAGAUCCCGGAUUCCUCUGGCUUAAGUUCUGCCGACACUCUUCCUGUUCAUGAAGAAGCAUCCGCGGCUGUGUUUCAACCUCCAAGAAAGGAUCCGAAUUCAUCGGUAUUAACGAAUGCCAACCUGGAUGAUGAUCUUGAUGACUUACUUAAGGAAACAUCUAGUUUGACGAGCCAAAACAGUUCAUUUCAGCCCCAGAGAGGAAGUGCUGACCAUUUUGUUGAAUCUUCUUCCCCUAAAUCUGGAACAGAGUCCAAAACAUUAGAUGACUUUUUUGAUUCUUGGUUAGAUACACUCUGAUUUACGCUAAGCUUCCUCAUGUAAUUAAAUUAAUUGUGCUAAUUGCAUUUCAGGGAUUGAUUCAUCCUUUUCCUUUUCAUUUAAAUCCUCGAAACUUGUGUGGCUAAGUUUGUAAGUUAAAAGAUUUUU